UAGGGUGGAGAGAAGCAGUCUGGUUUCGCUCGGUGUAAAAAAGUUACACAAGCAAGGGGCGAGAUUUUACUACAGGAGCUGUUUCACAACUUUGAACAAGUUGUCACACCUUGGCGGGCCAUUCGUCUCUAGCGGGGUGUUCGCCUGAUAACACGGAGGCACAAAACACCUCCAGUCCUCGCAAGCCGCGGAACUCACCAUCACUUAAUUUCAACACUGAAGAGCAACAGAUCUAAACAAACGCCCUUUUGGGCUUUCACAAGAGUGUGUGAGCGUGACUUCACGGACAUGUGAUUUUGUAGAGCUACUCUUGACAACAGCUAGGUAGCCACGGCGGCCAGGGUCACAUUAAGUGCAUUUGGCCGUCAACCCUUAGCGCUCUUUACGCGUUUUUGGGGCCAUGGAGCUGAGCUCGGUGCUUCUCACCAUUGGAGGAUCCUACGGAUUUUUCCGAUCUUUCAACAUUGGAUUGGACAGACUACCUGUACCGGAAGCUGCACGCAGGAAUACGUCAAAAUGGAGAAACAUCUCCACGUCCUUCGUGCACAGCCUCGUCACCGCGAUAUGGGCAGUGCUUUGCUUUUUCCUGCAACCAGAAAUGGCUGAAGAUUUGAUAGAAACACAUUCUGCGUUUUCUCAUGCACUGGUGUCUUUUUCAAUUGGUUACUUCAUCUAUGACCUCUUUGAUAUGGUGACACACCAGAAGUUAAGUCAGUUCUGGGAGCUCGCCUCGCAUCAUGUUGUUGUGAUCACCUGCUUUGGCCUGUCUGUGUUUACAUCCUGCUACAUCGGGUUCGCCGUGGUGGCCCUGUUGGUGGAGAUCAACUCGGUGUUCCUCCAUCUCAGGCAGAUCCUGCGCAUGGCCAAUCUGGCCGCCGGCACCGUCUACCGGGUCAACAGCAUGAUCAACCUGGGCACCUACGUGGUAUUCCGCAUCAACACGCUGGCCUGGAUGACCCGCUGGCUGGUGCUCAACAGAGAUAAGGUGCCCCUCAUGGCUUACACGCUGGGCAGCGUGGGCCUAGCCAUCAUGACGGUCAUGAACAUCGUUCUGUUUUACCGCCUGCUCAGGAGCGACUUCCUGAAGAGCAGUACUCGGGACGCCAAGAAAGAAAAAGAAACAUAGGGAGAAUCCAUUUUGGGUUCACUUUUGCCCAUUUUUGUUUUUCUACUCCUUUACAUACUAACACUUCACUACUGCAUCAUUGGAAAGGCCCACUGGGUGUUCUAAAAUGUAGCUCAUGGUGAGUGAAGCCCACAAGUACCUCCAUUUGAAGCAACACUUCAUGGCGUUAAAUGCAUAUCAUCGUAUGCGCUACGGUACAUGGCGUAUGGCUGUGGCUUCCUUGACCACUGAAUGAAUUACUCAACCAGACCUAAACUUUAUUUAAACUAGUUAUGCAAAGGUGAUGUCUUUUUUCUCUUAUUUUCCCACAUCUUCUUAAUUUCAAGCCACCUGCUACCUCAGGAAGCUUUUAAGACUUGUUUGCCUCUUUGAGAACGAGCAUUGUUAAUCAUUGUCAAAUGUGGCGCAAGCAAUCCCUGUAAAAUGUUAAUUCAGGGUGGUGGCGUAUUAUACUUGGCCCAUGCACAAACAUGGAAGAGAUCCUGAGCAGUGAAGAUCUCAAAUGAGCGCCAUAAUGCCCCGUUUGCUAAUCCAAAUGUUGGAAUGCAGCAACCAAGUGUCACCACUAUGUUUGUAAUCAAACAGGAAGCCUGUGAAAUAGUCUAUAAAUAGCCUUCUUGGAUGUUGUCUGUCUGCCGUUGCUGCAAUGACCAGACUGGUGGGAAGUGCCAUUCUUAACAUGGCCUUUAGAGGGCAGCACACUCAGCAAUUACAGUACUUCAUUAAAGGGGACAUGAGUUUAUUUAAUUUUUUUCAUAGUUUAAAAAGGUUCCCAGAUGUCUUAGUAACAUAUCUGUGAUAUUAUUCCAUUGAAGUACACAAAUGACAAAGAAUUACAGCACACUUAAAAUCCACACACGUCACACACCGUUUUGGAAUCACUUAAUUGUAGAGGGCAGUUCUGUCUCAUGCCAAUCAAUGCACUUUUUAAAAAUUCUUCUCACCAAGCUGAACAGAGGAUGAGUUAGCAGCCAACUUAGCGACUUCAAAUGUAUUCAGUUUUUCUGAUGUUAUCUGAGUCUUCUUUAUCUCCAGAUGUCAAAUCAACGGCGUUUGUGCAAAGGGCACCCACUGGUUUAUUUAAACAUGGUUUAAUUUCAUAAUGUCAGGCAUGAUAGGUGGGCAGGCACUCCAGAGACCCAAGUAUUUCAAUACAAACAGUAACAAAUUCAGAUUUGGAUACGUCUCCUUUAUUGGCAAAAGAGGAGAAGUGUAUUCACUCUCUUAAUCGUUAGUGUUUGUAGACGUGUUAUAUUAUUUAUGUUAGAUGCCAGGUUGUGAGGUUAAUGUUGGAAUAAAAACAAAUGACAUCUGCGGAUACAUUGAACAUCUUGCUCUUUGCAGGGGACAGGGACUGAACUCUGUCGGAAGUAGCCAACAGUUGCCACAAGAUGGCGACAAAACCCUUAAACAGAGAGGAUUGACAUAAGAUCAGCACCACGCAUCUAGCGUCGCACACGAUCAUGAACCCGUAUUACAUUAACGACUGUAUAGGAAGUUAAAUUAUUAAACACAUAAAUUUCACCAUAAAGUCGCACUUGAUCUGCUUUGGCCUGAGGAAAAACAAGAAAUUAUAUUAGCGUUUUGUUUGGGGGGUUAAAUACAGUAGUGCAUAUUUGUAAUUUAUUUGUUCUGAAAGUAGUGUUGCGUUGAAGAUGAAAUUAACUGAUUGCUUCAAAGCAUUUGAAACGAGUAAUUGUGUUUUUGUUGUCUCCCUUACCUAACAUUUUUAUCAACAUGUUGCUGUUCAAGGACGAGUCCAUCUGCGUCGGUGUGAAAUCCACUGACGCAGAAGGACUAGAAAACCGUGGCUGGUCUUAACUUGCAGUUGACCCCCUCAAAUUGUUCGCAAUUGAACGCACACCAGCAGUUCCAAGUUCAAAUGAGGAAAUGAAAUCUCUAUUGGGUCUAUAUCACAGCAGCCUUACAUAAAGAUCAAUAUACUGUUCUUAUUUAAAAAAAAAAAAAAAAAGAACAAGAUAUUUAGCCAAUGUGGGCAGUUUACGGUACCUCUUUAGACCAGUGUAAUGUAUUUGUCAUUUUUUUUGCAACUAGACGUGUGUUUGUGAGUGUGAUUGCACUCUGAUUGUGAAGCGGCGUUUUGAUAAUUGGCAGCAGUUUUGGCAUCAUGUACACUCUGACAAUUUGAUGGAUGUUUAACAUGAUUUCUAUUAUUUUCAAACAUGCAUCAUGACAUUAUUGAAAUUAUAUUUUCAGUACUGUAUUUAGUUAAUCAAAAUUAUUUUAUUAACUAAAUAUUGUAAAUAUAUGAAAAUCUGCAACUCUUGGCCUCAUUUUUUAAUGGACUUCAUUGAUCUCAUUGAAGACUAUCUCAUGAAUUACAAAGCACAAGAUACCAGUUUGUAUGCCUGAGAGCAACCUUUGCUCAAUGUAAAUUUUUUUGGCGAAGAUUAUUUUGUAUCUUGUACUCCAAUUUAUGUUUCUGAAAUAACACUCUUUUAUGUUAUAAUAAAGUGAAUCAUUCUAGAA